AAACCAGGGCACAGGAAACACGUGACACCUUAGGAGUUAAAUGUUGAACCGCUAGAACUUACCACAUUGUGACAAGGUUCCCAGUUGGCAGCAUCUGAACCCGGCACGGCAGCCGUCGGCUGUGCCCCUGGAGCCCGUAGACCCCACAGACCCCACCUGAGAUGCCUUCUUUUGCUUGCUGGAGCCUGCCUAUAACCCUUCUUGCCCUGCUCUGCUGCCCAGGGUCUGGUGAGAAGGCCUUUGAGGUCUACAUAUGGUCGGAGAAGCAGGUAGUAGAAGCCUGGGAGUCUUGGAAAGUCAACUGUAGCACCAACUGUGAGAACCCGAAAGUGGGCGGUCUGGAGACCACCAUGAAUAAGACGGUGCUGGAGGAGCACCCCCAGGGGAAGUGGAAACAGUUCUUAGUUUCAAACACCACCAACGACACGAAACUCAUCUGCCACUUCACCUGUGCGGAGCAACAGCUCUCGGAGCAUCUCAAUAUCACAGUAUUCCAGCGUCCAGCUCAGGUCACACUGAGGCUGCAGCCUCCUCGAGUGAUUGUGGGUGAAGCCUUCACCAUUGAGUGCACGGCCCUGGCCGUGAAGCCCCUUGAGAGCCUCACGCUCACUCUGCUCCGUGGCAGAGAGACCCUGCAGAACCAGACAUUUGGGGGAACUGAGCGUGAGGCAAUGGUCAGACUCAACAGUACAGCUCUGACAAAGGAGGGCCACAACUUCUCCUGCCAGGCUGAGCUGGACCUGCGGCCCCAUGGCGGCUACGUGAUCCGCAGCAUCUCUGAGUCCCAGAUCCUCGAAGUCUUUGAGCCUAUGCAGGACAACCAGAUGGUCAUCAUAAUGGUGGUGGUGUCAAUACUGCUGUUCUUAUUUGUGACAUCCGUCCUGCUUUGCUUUAUCCUCGGUCAGCACUGGCACAGGAGGCGGACAGGCACCUAUGGGGUACUAGCUGCCUGGAGGAGGCUGCCCCGAGCCUUCCGGCAACGUCCCAUGUGAGCUGAGGUUGCCAGGCCCCUGGUGGCUGCUGGAACUCAACGUGGUGCCUUCAGGGUGUGGCCUCGCUGAAGGACUGUGGCACAAGACUCUGGGAACAUUUCCCUUUGUAGCCUCAAUACCAAUAGCUGGAUUUCACUCUGUACCCUCCAUGUCUGCUCCUGGGAAAACAAGACACCACCUGUGACAACGAA